GGCAACAUAUCCUGUCCCUGAGAGUUUAGAGGUCAUCUGUUCGCACCCCCUUUCACUCUGGCACCCUGAAACCAGUUACCUAACCUCUCUGUGCCUUAUUUUUCACAUUUAUAAAAUGGGGGUUCCAACAGGAACUCAUUCUUAGGGAAGCUGUGGGGAUUAAAGGAGAAUGCGGUUCUGCUGCAACCACAUGGGGAUAGCCAGUGUUCCCUGUCUGUUGCCUUUUUAAAUUGGGGAAUGGGUAUAAUAUAGCAUUUAUAUCAUGGGGCUGUUGAGAGGAUUAAACAAGCGUGGAAAGCUUUCAGAAAAGUAAGCAGGUGGUCAGUAUGGGUGGGACAUGGCCUCACAGCCAGGUCUGUCUGACUCCAGGCCCAGUGCUUCCUCCCAGGAGCCAGAGAGCGAAAUCAUGGAGCCUUCCAAGACCUUCAUGAGAAACCUGCCAAUCACACCAGGCUACAGCGGCUUUGUGCCGUUCCUCAGCUGCCAAGGAAUGUCCAAGGAGGAUGACAUGAACCACUGUGUGAAAACCUUCCAGGAGAAAACACAGCGCUAUAAAGACCAGCUGCGGGAAUUGUGCUGCGCAGUGGCCACUGCCCCGAAACUGAAACCUGUCAACUCCGAGGAGACGGUCCUGCAGGCCCUGCACCAGUACAAUCUGCAGUACCACCCCCUGAUCCUGGAAUGCAAAUAUGUAAAGAAACCUCUCCAGGAGCUCCCGAUCCCUGGCUGGGCAGGCUACCUGCCGAGAGCCAAGGUCACUGAAUUUGGCUGUGGCACGAGAUACACUGUCAUGGCCAAAAACUGCUACAAGGACUUCCUGGAGAUCACGGAGAGGGCCAAGAAGGCACAUCUGAAACCAUAUGAAGAAAUAUACGGAGUUAGCUCCACAAAAACUUCUGCUCCGUCUCCAAAACUUUUGCAGCAUGAAGAGCUGCUGCCAAAAUAUCCCGAUUUUUCUAUUCCAGAUGGAAGCUGCCCUGCCCUUGGAAGGCCCCUGAGAGAGGACCCCAAAACUCUGCUGACAUGUGGCUGUGCUCAGAGGCCAAGUAUACCAUGCAGUGGGAAGAUGUAUCUAGAGCCACUGUCCUCCGCAAAGUAUGCAGAAGGCUAGAAGCGCAGAGUCUCCCAAGGAGGUGAACUUUAAGUGGGGCUUCCAAAACCUGCCGUUCUCAUGUUGGAAUCACGCCCAGGACAUAGUUCAAGCCGUAACACUGGAUAACAUCAUCUUGCCACCAGCAGGCACCCUGACCUCCCUCAGCAACCAUCCGUAUGCAGAAGAAAUAACAGCUCCUGGGACAAUGAGACCGUUGUCAUCCACUCAGAAAUGUGCAGAGCCACACAAGGCAGCAAGCUGGGCCUGGGAGGUUUUUUCCAAGGCAAGAAUUUUCACCUGGACAUCCUGGGCUCCCAUGAUUCCAUGGGUAGAAGUCAGAAGGUCAGAGAACUUUGAUGAGAAAACAAGUUACAUCAUUGUUUUCACUAACCUCCAGGUGAAAUUUAGUAUUUCCUUCCUUGAUGAAUGCAAGCAACAAACCACUGCAGGACCUGUCACCUUGGCCUGAGAGCAGUCACAGAUGUUUUUGUAUCACGUGGCUCUGGCUGCAAACAGCUGGAAUGAUGUUAAAGCUCAUCUCUAUAAUCAUGGUGGUUAUUACAGUGACUAUAUCUACUCUCUCACAUAGUGUUAUUCAAUAUAAGAAUAAAGAA